AUGGAGUUGGGCGAGAACGAGAACGCGAAGCUUCUACGGCCCGGGCAGGCAUCGCCUGCCGUUGUCCCGACCGCACCCAUCCGAGAUAAAGGAUCCUCAAGUAGAUACUCGAUAACCAACUUAGAGAUGGAUGGUGCUCUACCGCCUCCUGGUCUCAGGGAGCUCUCAGAAAUCUGCAACAUCAUCACAGAUUCCGUUAAGAUAAUCAGCAACACGCUCACCAGCGCCGGUCUUGACUUCCCAAGUCUCGGCACCCCCUUCACCACUGCGUCUGAGGCCGCUCGCUCGAUCCCUGAAGUUCGGGAUGCAGCAGCAACUAUUGCUGCUGCUGCCGCUCAGCUUGCGGCGACCGUCUGUCCGCCCCCUAUGACCGUGCUUAAGACCGCCAUGCUGUUCAAUGUGUCCGCUGCUCUCAAUAUCGCCUGCGAAGCUCAUGUUGCCGAAAUUAUUCGCACCACGGGGUCGCAGGGACUCGAUGUCGUGGCCAUCUCCAAACCCAGCGGAAUAGAUCCUGCCAAGCUUUCGCGCGUCCUGCGUCUGUUGGUCACAUACAACAUCUUCCAAGAGGUUUCACCGGACGUAUUUGCUCAUAAUCGCCUUUCUGCACUACUUGACACGGGGAAGUCACUCGAAGCUAUUAUUGCCAGCCCCAAACAUAAACAUGAUCAUACCAUGGGGAUUGCUGCGGCUAUUGGUCAUGAGGCGGAUGAGGCUAUGAAGGCCGUUUCUUAUCUCACGGAAGUCGUCUUCGAUCCUGUUGCUGGCCAUGCCAAUGACAUACACAAUCUUGGCUUCAAUCGCGGUCUGCAGACGCCCAGGACAAUGUGGGAGUUCUAUGAUCUACCCGACCAGGAUUUCCGACUGCGUCGGUUUGGUACUGCCAUGGAAGGGACCAAGAAUAUGGCCCCACCGCUGGCUAUUGUCGAAGGUAUUGACUGGACGGCAUCCGGAGAGGAUGCUCUCGUCGUCGAUGUCGGAGGUGGUAUCGGCGCUCAGGCCCUGACAUUGUCGCGGUCAUUCCCCUACCUGAGAUUCGUUGUCCAGGACCGCGAACCGCUCAUGGAAUCGGCGAAGAAGUUUUGGAUGGCAGAGAACCCUGAUGCCCUUAAGUCUGGACGUACACAAUUAGAAGCACAUGACUUCUUUGGACCGCAGAACGUCAAGGACGCCGACAUCUUCCUAAUUCGCAUGAUCCUACACGAUUACCCUCAUCAAGACUGUCUAACGAUUUUGCGACACCUUCGUGCCGCAGCGAAGCGAUCAACUCAGUUGGUAAUUGUGGACAACAUCAUGGCGUAUGCCUGCGAAGAGCCCGCUGCCAAUGAGAUACCUGGUGCUGCUCUCCCUGCACCCCCGGCGCCGCUUCUGCCGAACUUUGGCGAUGCUAAUAGUGUUGCAUACUUGAUGGAUGUUCAGAUGAUGGGUCUCACUGGGGGUGUCGAGCGUACGCUUACGCAGGUUAGAGAUCUUCUAGCUGAAGCAGGCUGGAAAGUUUCUCGCGUUCACCACGGAGCUCCUUUCGUGCUUAGCCAUCAAAAGAUACUGGCCGUCCCUGUUUAG